AUGCAAGACGUAAACGCAGAAACACUUAUAUUUGUCUGUUAUAAUUUGCGGCCAUCAGAUCUUCUUGCGAUGGUAUGCGUGUGCAAAUAUUUCAAAGGUGUUUUAGACGAAAAUGUCAAUCCAUUAGCCGCGGAAAUUUGGAAAAAUUCUAGAAUUAAGUUUACAAUUUUUCGAGAAAUGGAACCGCCGUCAUCAAUGAAUCAAAAAACUUUUACGAGACUAUUAACAUUUGAGAAAGGUUGUCAAUUUUGUAAAAAUAAAGAGAAACCGUUGGCAAUCUAUUGGAUACCUGGCGUUCGCUCUUGCAAGGACUGUAUGGUCCCAAGAAUUAUUAGUUCUCAUAUACUCGGAUCAACUUUUAAGAUCGAUGAUGAAGUUCUUGAACUUAUUGUACCAGUAACACAAUGCAUGGAUUUAUCAAGAUCUAUACGUAACAUGGAUUUACCAAGAUCUAUACGUAAACAUACACAUUAUUGGAACGACCAUGUUAAGAAUGUUAUCGCGUAUCUUAUGAAUGCAGAUGAUAAUAUGCGACGCGAGUUAAAUGACUUAAAAAAAGAAGUCGAAAAGAAACGUGAAGAAGCGCAAAAUUAUGAAAAUUGGAUGAUUAAUUUACGUCAAUCCUACCUUAGAGAACAAGAAGAAAUUUUUUUCAGAUUGCACGUAGGAUUGAAUAAAGAAAUAUUAACCAUGAUGAAAGAAGAUUAUGAAUACAAAAAAUUUAAGACAGAAGUCGAAAAUAAUCCUUAUUUAGAUUGGCAGCAAUAUACAUCAAGAAUUGACCCAAUCGUCCGAAGAAUUGAGAUAAUUCAAAAACGAAUAUUAAUUGUUAAACGUUUAAAGAAAUUUACAUACGCCUCAAAGAGAAGAUCACAGUAUGAAUUUCUAAGCAUUCGGGAUAAACUAUAUAUAUAUUUACCUAUAUGCCCAAGUUUCAUAAGUCCACCGGACCUCAAAACACAUGAUCCAGAAUUUUUCGAAAGAGUAAUUUUACCAACUCUAAUAAGGGAAGCUGCACAGCUUGACUUAGCUGGGACAGCCCCUCCACCAUAUUUUCUUGAAAUAGAUGGGGCGUUAACAGUUGGUAACUUUCGAAACCAUAAAAUCUUUGAAUGUCGUCUUUGUGAAAAAAGUCGCCGGUUUAAUAUCAAAAAAUUUAAAACACAUAUUAGAAGUGUUCAUGAUCUUGACGAUAGUCUAGAUAACUUACUUUUAACAGCGGAAGUGAAUUGUGAUGCGGCACUUAAAAAAUUGUUUUAUGCAUUUUUUUAA